AUGGCGUAUUUUUUCCCUCUCGUUCUGCCCCAUUCGCUUUUUUUGUCCCUCUUUCUUUUUCUCCUCGAUAUCGGUCCUGUCUUCGCCCUCUCUUUCUUUUUCUCUUUGCUCCCCUCGCACCUCUUUCUCUUGACAGAUACACAAACCCUGCACCUUAUCAACUGCAUGUGUGUAAAUGCCGCCGUUGCCGACGACGCAGUUGAAACAACACCAUCUCCCGUCGUCAUCAUCUACUCCAAUCACACUGGCGGCUACCACCGGUACAACGACAGCCACACCACCACAAUCGCCGCCGUCACCUAG